AAGUACUUCCGGGUGCUAAUACAGAGACGCGUCUGGAGCUGAUAUGUUCAUUCAUAUAACUACAUUCGUUUUUAAUCAUGUACCACCAACCCGUGCUGAAAAACAGACGGACUCUACUGGAGCGAGCGGAGAAGUUUAUCUCCGAUAUAUAUUUCACAGACUGCAAUCUUAGAGGAAGACUGUUUGGAGACACUCAUCCACUUGAGUCCAUCACUGCGUUCCUGUCGGAGAAGAGAAUUCCUUAUUCAGAGGCCAUCCAGCAAAACUUUCAGCCUUGUAACGUUGGCGAUGCAUUCGGACCCACGUGGUGGACGUGCUGGUUCAAAGUGGUCUUGAAGAUCCCUGAGGCCUGGAAAGAGAAGGAGGUCCAUUUGAGAUGGGAGAGCGAUGGAGAGGGUAUGGUGUGGCGGGAUCACCAACCAGUUCAGGGUUUGACCAAAGAAGGUGAGAAGACCAGCUAUAUUCUGACCGAGUGCUUGAAGGACAGUGAACCUCAUGGCAUUACCCUAUACGUGGAACUUGCGUGUAAUGGACUUUUUGGAGCCGGACAAGGUUCCAUGAUUGCCGCCCCCGACCCAAAGAGGAAGUUCACUCUCCAGAAGGCCGAGCUUGUUGUUUUCAAUCGAGAUGUUAGGGAGCUUCUCACCGACUUUGAGAUGCUUGUGGACAUUGUCAAGUUACUAGGAGAUGGAGAGCAGCGUGGAUUCCAGGCCUUGUUUACAGCCAAUGAGAUGGUGAAUCUGUGCGAUCCAGCCAAUCCUACUUCAUUUGCUGCUGCUCGAAGUCUAGCUCAGAAGUUUUUUGCCCAGAAAAAUGGGGAAAGCCAACAUGUGGUCCAUGCCAUGGGCCACUGCCAUAUUGACUCGGCUUGGUUGUGGCCGUAUGAAGAGACCAUCAGGAAGUGUGCUCGCAGCUGGGUCACUGUGAUCAGACUGAUGGAGAAGAACCCAGAGUUUGUCUUUACAUGCUCCCAAGCACAACAGUUCCAGUGGGUGAAGAGCUGGUAUCCAGGUCUGUUCUCAGAAAUCAAGCUCUUUGUGCAGAAAGGCCAGUUUAUUCCAGUCGGAGGCACGUGGGUAGAGAUGGAUGGAAACCUGCCAUCUGGAGAGUCCAUGGUCAGACAUUUUCUACACGGCCAGAACUUCUUCAAGGAUGAAUUUGGACAUUACUGUAAAGAGUUCUGGCUGCCAGACACUUUUGGCUACUCCGCACAGCUGCCUCAGAUCAUGAAAGGAAGUGGGAUCUCUCGUUUUCUCACUCAGAAGCUGAGCUGGAACCUUGUUAACACAUUUCCGCACAACACGUUCUUUUGGGAAGGUAUUGAUGGGACACCGGUUCUCACUCAUUUUCCUCCGGGUAACUCCUAUGAGAUGAAGGGUAAAGUGGAAGAUCUGAUUAACACAGUGAAGAACAACAAAGACAAGGGACGAGCCAAUCACAGCGCAGCCCUGUUUGGUUUCGGCGAUGGGGGCGGGGGCCCAACACAGCUAAUGCUUGACCGUCUACAGCGUGUCCGGGACACUGAUUGUCUGCCAAAGGUUCAGAUGUCAAGUCCUGAUGUCCUGUUCUCUCAGCUGGAAUCGGACUCAUCGCUUCUGUGCACAUGGGUUGGCGAGCUCUUCCUUGAGCUGCAUAAUGGCACUUACACCACACAAGCAAAGAUAAAAUUGGGAAACCGUCAAUGUGAAGUUCUGCUUCAUGACGUUGAGGUGGCUAGCUGUCUGGCCUUGUGUAAAAAAGAUAGCUUCAAAUAUCCAGCAUGCAAACUUCAAGAACUAUGGAGAUUGCUUCUACUCAAUCAGUUCCAUGAUGUGAUUCCUGGCAGCUGUAUUGAGAUGGUUGUUGAGGAUGCUUUACAGUACUAUGACGAGAUACGCACCGCAGGGUCUAGACUACUUCUUGCUGCUUGUGAAUCACUGGGAUCCUCUCCUGACAAGGGUGUAGGAUCAAGCACAGCUGUACUGAACACUUUACCCUGGGAGAGAACUGAAGUCAUAUCACUUCCAGGGGAGGGCACUAAAAUGAGAUUAGCCUUGGUGAGAGUACCUAGCGUGGGCGUAGCUCAAGUCACCGAGAUGGCUGAGCCUACAGAGCCUACAGUCUCUGUCACAAUGAUGGUCGAUGGGACCAUUAUGAUGGAGAAUGGCCUUUUGAAGGCCACAAUUGACCAAACAGGUCGAUUGAUGUCUCUGCAUUUAGUCCAAGCAAACAGGGAAACCAUUUCUGAGGGUGGCUUUGGAAACCAGUUUUCUUUGUUCGAUGAUGUGCCUCUGUAUUGGGACGCUUGGGAUGUGAUGGACUACCACCUUCAGACAAGGAAGCCUGUAAUUGAGCUUGUCGAGCCGGUUAAGGUAGUGAGAUCUGGGGGGGUUCAGGGCAGCGUCUCCUUUUCGCUAAGGAUCAGCGGAAACAGCACUAUAAGACAGGAGAUUAUUCUGGAUGCUUGCUGCCCCUAUAUUAAAUUUAAUACGCAGGUGGACUGGGAAGAGGCACAUAAGUUUCUGAAGGUGGAGUUCCCCGUGCAGGUGCGCAGCCCAAAUGCUACCUAUGAGAUCCAAUUCGGACACUUGCAGAGGCCCACUCAUAGAAACACCUCCUGGGACUGGGCUCGCUUUGAGGUGUGGGGACACAAAUGGGCUGAUCUGUCUGAGCAUGGCUUUGGCGUGGCUCUUCUUAAUGACUCCAAAUACGGCUACUCGGUCCAUGAAAACAUCAUGACCUUGUCCCUAUUGCGGGCUCCAAAAGCGCCAGAUGCCAAUGCAGAUAUGGGGCGUCAUCAUUUUACCUACGCAUUGAUGCCACAUACAGGCCCCUUCCAGGAAGCUUCAGUUAUCCAGUAUGCCUACAACCUGAACUUCCCGCUCCGUGUCUAUCAUGGUGCCAUUUCUGAACCCUUGAGUGCGUUCUCUGUAAAUUCGCCUGCUGUCAUCCUGGAGACCAUAAAACAGGCGGAAAGAAGAGAGAAUGCCCUUCUUAUUCGCCUCUAUGAGUCUCACGGAAGCAGUGUGACUGCGACUUUGUCAACUUCCCUUCCAGUAAAAGAAGCCUGGCAUUGUGAUCUCCUGGAGCGUCCUGAUCCCAGCAUUCCUGUGUCAAAGACCACCUCUGGAAUAUCCUUAACGUUCAAACCCUUUCAGAUCAGAUCUCUCCUCUUAAUUAUACAGUGAACCAUUUAAAUCCGUAUCAGUUAUGACGCAGGUACUUAAAUCCCUUGUAAGUCCCUGAGAAGCUGCCAUCACUUUUGGAAAAUUUGCGGUUGCGCACACACAAUUUC